UAUUUCCGGUGUUGUAAAGCAGCGGAGGUGGUUGGCUGGCCAGGCAGGCAACAUGGCGGCGUCCGUGCUAGGCUCGCUGCUGCGGACCUUCCGGCAGGCAGUUCCGCCGUCAGCAUCAGGUCAAGUUCGAGGAUACUAUGUAGACUGGAGAAUGUUGCGUGAUGUGAAGAGACGAAAAAUGGCGUAUGACUACGCUGAUGAGAGGCUUCGGAUCAAUUCGCUCAGAAAGAAUACCAUUUUGCCAAAAGACCUUCAGGAAAUGGCUAGUGAUGAAAUUGCUGCCCUUCCACGGGAUAGCUGUCCUGUUAGAAUCAGAAAUCGGUGUGUUAUGACAUCUCGCCCACGUGGUGUUAAGCGUCGCUGGAGACUUAGUCGCAUUGUCUUCCGCCACUUAGCUGACCAUGGGCUACUUUCUGGAGUCCAGCGAGCAAUGUGGUAAAACCGUUUCAGAACCUGCCCAGCUGCCAGGGAGGCCAAUCCUGGCAAGAGACUUAAGACCAAAGCCUGGGUCUUCUCAGAAAGGAACUGGUGUGUUUAGUCUAUGUGACCCUGAGUUCUAACUUUUAGAUUCUAAAUGUGAUUAUUUGUCACUGAAUUGUCUUUUAACUUUAAAGUUAAGAGUGGAAUAAAACUAUUUCCUGUGAAA